AUGCCCAGCGAUGAUCCGAAUUUACUCUCUUUAGAGAUAUUGGAUGCAAAUUUAACGGAGUUGUUGGUGAGAGAUUCCGUGCGGAACAUCAUUAGAAGUUACUAUGAAGGUGACGAGUAUAAGCAAAAGCAAAUAAACGAGGCAAAUAUAGAUGACUCCUAUUUGGAAAUGUCAGCUGAUUCUGACAAGCUUCUAAUGCUCACUGUGCUCUUAGGAAGUGUCGUUUUGGAAGCGUUGGAUUUAGUGAUGAGUCUGAAAAUCAAUAGCGAAGUUGAUCUUGGGGAAAUUGGUAAAAGUUUAGAACACGGAAGAGAAACUGGAACUGGAACUGCAACUGCAACAGAUAUUCUCAUCACUCACAAAAAGAGCAGGCGUUCAAUUGAAGAUGUAUUGAGACAAUGUGGCUAUUUUUGGGUUGAUGAGCGACUUGUCACACUUGAUACUUCUUCGUGCCAGAUUAACGGUAAAACCAUUGCUGAUGAUGUAGGUACCACCGACAACAGCGACACAUCUAUUCUAUCAGCAACAUUGGCUACAGAUACAUCUGUUGCAACUACUGCAACUACAGCUGCAACUGCAGCUACAACUACAGCAAGAGUAUUGGAUGAAGAAGUUCAUGUGGAUCUAGACAACUGGUAUUGUGAAUGUCAUUCGUUUCAGUCGAAAAUAAAUGACGAUUUAAUUGUGAUGGCCAGAGAAGAUCCCAGAUUUGAAUCUUUUACUGUUGCGAACAAGAGCAAUAAACCCUAG